AUGCGUGGAAGUCGUAAUUUAUUAACUCAACGAAUGGCUUCGUCCCGUGCUUCCGGGGCUUCUGGAGGCGUGAAGUUCGUUGGAAUCGCUGUCGGUGCAGCAGCAGCUGGAGCGGCAGGAGUUGCCGGAUACGCCUCAUACGACAGCAAUUUUAGAAAAACGUUGGAAAAUUCGAUUCCCGGUUCUCAAAACUUGUUGAAUUAUGCUAUUGGAGUUCAAGAGCCACCAGCACCACGUCUGAAAGAUCUUCGUCCGUUGCAAUUCUCUGCUGAUCCGAAAGUUCCACCAAAACCAUUCGAGCCAAAAGCAGUAGAAGAUUCGAAAGAAAAUGCGAAAGACAGUUCACCCGGCGAAGUAAAAUUUGUGGAAACUGUUACAAAAAUUGAAAAACGUAUUAAAAAGGCGGAUAACCCAUAUAUAGGAGGCAAAAGUUCGACAAAUCCUGAGCAAAAGAAUGAAAAUCUUACUGACUCCCUCAAAAAACAUUUGGUCAAAGCUGAGAAAGCCACGAAAAAUGCAACGGGAGCAAAGUUGGAGACGAUUAGAGCUAUUGAACAUCAUAUUCAAACUAUUCGAGAGGCGAUUGAAGCAGGGAAAGAAGGAGAUUGGGACGCGGUGACUGUAGCUCAUUUGAAGGCUAAACGGUUGGCUGAACAGGAUUUGGAAUGGGAGAAAAAAGCAAGAAAUGCGGUGGCUGAACUUGUUACGGAAGCCAAUCUCGGUGGACAAGGAGAGACCACACAGCUCAAUCCACUCGUUCCAAUCUCGAAAGCAACUGCAACAAAACUGACCAACGAACUAGAUGAAAUGAUUUCCAAUGUGAAACACGUGGACUCGGAGCGAAUUUUCGUGCAUGAUUACAGUGAUCGAGUGGCAGAAAGCCGAAAGAAAUUUCAGUUGGAAUUGAAAGCGGUUCAUCCGAAUUUGAAUUAUGAAGAGGGAAUGAAACUGAAAAAGACUGAUUUGCAGACAAUUCUUGCUCAUGCUCAUUUGAGAAUUGAUCAACUCAGUCAGAAGUUGAUUGAUAAUAAGUUAAACGAAGAAAAACGCGUUCAGUCAAUUGUUUCGAAAAAGAAAAAUGAUCUUCUCGAAAAGUUUCGUCUCGAAGCGAACUCCAAGCUUGCUGCGAUUCCAGAGGUUGAUAAGAAGAAGUUAGACGAGGAACUUGCUCAUGCAACUGCUGAAAUUCAAAAGAAGUACGAUGAAAAGUUGAAAGAAGUCGUUCGAACUCAGAAGCAAUUGUAUGACAUAGAACAUGCGAAGGAUGUAGAUGACGCUGUUCAAAAAGAGAGAAAUGUACACUCAUCAGCCGUCGGAAAAGCACUGGCUCAGUUGGAAGGAAUUGAGAGAGCACUUGCCGGACAUAUUCAAAUGGAUAUUCAGAAUAGAAAAUCAAAACAAAUGUGGUUGGCCACUCAAAAUCUGAAAGAAACUGUUAUUUUCGGAAAUCGUGCUAAGUGCUGUAUGGAGGGAAGACGUGCGCCAUUGGGAGAUCAGAUGAAAACUCUUCUUUCGUGUGGUGGCAACUCAGAUGAAUUCGUCAAAACCGUUGACUCAUCCAUGGCGAAAGCAUCAAAAGUUCGUGGAGAAUACACUGAAGAAGAUCUCAAUACUCGUUUUAAUAAAGUCUGCCGAAUUGGUCGUCGUGUUGCAUAUGUGAAUGAAGGAGGUGCCCUCGCUCAUCUCUAUUCCUGGCUCAAAUCCUCACUGACCAUCGAAUUGAAGCCUAAACAAGGAACUACUGAGAGUCUCAUUCCUGCCGCUGAAACCAAUUUCACCCUGCUGACACGUGCUGAACAAUUGUGGAAAUCUGGAAAGAAAGGAGACGCUAUUCGUGUACUUCAGAUGACCGAUGGUGCCACCAGACGAGUGGCUGCUGAUUUCAUUGAAGAUGCACGUCGUCAACAAGAAGCUCUUCUUCUUUCCCGUCUUUUGUUGGCUCAUGCCGCUCUUACCUCGAUUCGUUCUACUUAUUGA